AUGCGACUGAACUCGAGGGAAGCUGACUGCGACUGCGCUGGGAUAGGCAAAUCAUCCAUAACCCUCCGGCUGGUGCGGAGUCAAUGGACGCACGAAUAUGAUCCUACAAUCGAAGACUCCUACUCCGUGACCCGCACCAUCGACGGAACCCCCUACCACCUCAACCUCACCGACACAGCCGGGCAGGAAGAGUACCGCAGCCUCUGGGCCACCUCGAACCUGCGCUCCGACGCCUUCCUGCUCGUCUACGACAUCACGAACGCCUCCUCCCUCGACAACCUCGACCACUUCAAUGAGCUGAUCGACAUGGAGGCCGAGCACCGGCUCGACAGCGGCAGCCCGCCGCCGGUCAAGCUCGUCGCGGGCAACAAGUGCGACUUGCAGGGCCAGCGCGUUGUCGGCGCGCAGAGGGGGCUCGAGUGGGCGCGGAGGCGGGGUUGCGGGUUCAUGGAGACGAGUGCAAGGGACAUGGUUAACGUGGAGGAGACUUUUGCGCUGUUGGUGCGAAGAGUCGUCGAGGCGCGGCGGGCGGCGGCGACGGCGACGGGUGGCGCGCGGUUUGAGGCGGCGGGGAGGACGCUGCCGCUGCCGCCUGUGUCGGAGAAGCCGGCGGUAUCGACAGCAGGAAGGACCGUCGAGCAGCCGCGGGGCACGAGGGGGGGUGGUGGGUUCUGGUCGAGGCUAAAGUGCUGGUGA